GAGAUUCUCUGUGCUUUGGAACAGCUGACUGUGCUGUGGGUGUUGUGCGAGAUUGCUUACUUCGAGUAGAUAGCAAAACAGUCGCUAGAUAGCGGUUUGAAUUUUUGUGCUGUUUAGGCGCUGAUAAUCAUUUACAUCACAACAUGGCUGAGACGGACCCCAAAUCGGUGCAGGACCUUACCAAUGUGGUUCAGACUCUGCUGCAACAGAUGCAGGACAAGUUCCAGACCAUGUCAGACCAGAUCAUUGGAAGGAUUGAUGAAAUGAGCACACGUAUUGAUGACUUGGAAAAAAACAUUGCUGACCUGAUGACCCAGGCUGGUGUCGAGGAGAUCGAGGCAACACCAGAAAAAGCUAAAGAGGGUCAAGGAUCAUAAUGAAGGUUCCUAAAUCACAAGGCGUGAAGUCGGUCCUGUAUUCAGGAGCAGCAGACUUUUUCCAUUCUGAAAAUGACUAAUAUUGAUUUGGUGUGUCGUUGUGUGAAAUGCUUUUUUAUAUAUUGUGAAAUGGUUAUGUAAUGACUUGAAAAUUUGAACGUUACUUGUAAGCUAGAGUAGUGUGACAUGCCCUUCAGCACCUCAAGUGCUCAUGUGCAGGAUUGCAGAUUUAGCGUACUAACCUGGAGGUUAUUUUCAUAUACAUGUAUAUCAGUAGUUGAAUUCCUCGACACGAAAGCAGACAGUGUUGGUUUUGCCCUAGCCUCUGACGAGGACUAAAACUUGCAGGCUAACAGGUUAGUACAAACCUCCAACCCAGUGUCCGCACCAACACGGUGCAGCGAAUCUCUAAAGCUAGCAGUGUUUCACAGUGAGCACGGUUACAACCAUUGUGUGGGAUGCAUUCCAAUCCUGAUAGUCUUCUAUUAAAGCUAUUUAAUACACGGCUGUUUGUCAUGUAUGGUCAAUAUUUGGAAAGAGGGGUGCACUAUGAAGUGAGAUCAGUGAGUUAUUGGAGUUGGUCAAACUUAAAAUCAGUUUUCAUUACAGAAAACUGAUUUUAAGAUAAGCAGCUCUUUUAACCUAGGUCACUUAACCUGAAGACGUAAGCUGCUCGGCCGCAGGUUAUGUUCAGAGUUUGUUUUAAAAAUCCAUAUUUUCAGAGGUUUUUUUUUUUAUCCAUCGCAUUUUUAAAAAGUGUGAUUUAUACGCAUGUUCGGGGAAUAAGUUUUAUAUGUCACAAGUUGUUAAGCUGCACUUUAGUGGAACCACUAAAAUCAUCGUCAGGAGAUUGCAUUAUGUAUGUGCAUGUUUAUUUUAGUGAAGCAAAAAAAAAAAAA